AUGAGAGUGCACGUAUUUGGAAAUAGCCCGUCUCCAGCAGUUGCUUCAUACUGCCUUAGAAAAGCAGCAUCAGUUAACAAAACUACAAACAUAUCAGAUAUUGUUGAAUUUGUUAAUAGACAUUUCUAUAUAGACGAUGGUUUGGUAUCACUUGCAACACCGAGAGAAGCUAUCGAUUUACUUCUGCGAAUUCGUGAAUCACUUCAAACAGGAGGUAAUCUCCGCCUCCACAAAAUUCCAUCUAAUAGCAAGGAAGUUAUGGACGCUUUUGAACAACAAGACCGUGCUAAUAACUUAAAAGAUAUUGAUUUGUGUGUUGACGAACUGCCUACUCAUCAAAGUUUAGGUCUUAAUUGGGAGUUAGAAACUGACACGUUCACAUACAAAGUUUCUCCAGAAGAAAAACCUUUCAGCAGACGAGGAUUAUUAUCCACCGUAAACGGCAUAUUCGACCCUAUGGGAUUUGUUGCUCCUAUUGUCGUUAAAGGGAAGUUGUUACUCCGAGAAAUCGCAAAUGGAUCAUACAACUGGAAUGACCCACUUCCCAGACAUCUGUUUGCAAAGUAG